AUAAUCAUGUUUAAUUUAAUGAUCUUAAUAAGCAGUUUUGUUUGCUAUAUUGCCUUUAUCCUAUGGCAGUCGGUGAGGAAACCAAAAAAUUAUCCACCUGGUCCCGAUUGUGUCCCAUGGGUGGGUAAUACGAUACAAUUGCGCAAGGAGGCUAGAGCAUGUGGCGGACAACAUAAGGCCUUUGAAAAAUGGUCCAAGGCCUAUAACAGUGAUCUCUUGGGCCUGAAGCUGGGCAGUGAAUUGGUGGUUGUGGCCCUGGGUUAUGAAAUGCAAAAAGAUGUCAAUCUCCAGGAGGUAUUCGAGGGACGUCCUGAUACCUUCUUCUUGCGUCUACGUACUAUGGGCACCCGCAAGGGUAUUACCUGUACCGAUGGCAAACUAUGGUAUGAACAUCGUAAUUUUGCCAUGAAACAAAUGCGUAACGUUGGCUAUGGUCGUUCGGAAAUGGAACAGCAUAUACAAAAGGAAACGGAAAGUCUGCUGAAAUUUAUUGAAUCAUUUGAGGGGGCUCCCGUCUGUCCUGCGACCUUUUUGGCUCAAAGUGUCAUCAAUGUUUUGUGGUCCAUGACGGCUGGGAAAAGAUUUGAAAGAGGCGAUAAGAGAAUGGCAAGGUUGUUGGAUCUGAUGGGAAGUCGUUCGAAGGUGUUCGAUAUGUCGGGGGGCAUUCUGACCCAAUUCCCCUGGCUGCGUUUUGUGGCACCCAACAAGACCGGCUAUAAUUUGAUACGCCAAUUGAAUGCGGAAAUGUUUAAUUUCUUUAUGGAAUGCAUCGAUGAGCAUAAGGCCACGUUGGCGAAGCAGACGACGGAUGGGGAUUUGAUUUAUGCCUAUUUGCGGGAAAUGCAAAAAGAGCUUAGCAACAACAAUGAGAAUAGCACCUUCAACGAGACACAGUUGGUCAUGACCAUUUUGGAUUUGUUUAUUGCGGGAUCGCAAACCACCAGCACGACCAUCGAUCUGAGUCUCAUGACAUUGGCCAUGCGUCCGGAGCUGCAAAAGAAAGUCUAUGAGGAGAUAAGGGCGAAUGCCAAACACAAUGAAUUCCCCAGUUUGGGUAACAAGGCCUAUUACCCCCUGACCGAUGCUUUCCUCAUGGAGGUUCAGAGAUUUUAUCAUAUUGCUCCGAUCACAGGGCCAAGGAGGGCAUUGUGGGAUACAAAAUUAGGAGGUUAUGAUAUACCGAAGAAUACUACAAUUCUCAUGUGCCCCUUUACGGUUAUGAAGGACGCCAAACACUGGGGUGAUCCGGAGGAAUUCCGCCCUGAACGUUUCAUCAAUGAGGAGGGUAAAACCUUUAAAGACGAAUAUUUCAUUCCCUUUGGUAUGGGUCGACGACGUUGUUUGGGUGAUGCCAUGGCAAGGGCUUGUAUAUUCUCGUUUAUCGUUUCGAUAUGUCAAAAUUUUGAAUUGGUCUUGAGUGAUAAAGAAGAAGAUCAGCCUUCAUGGACCCUGGUGCCGGGUAUAACGCUUUCCGCUAAGCCAUAUAAAAUUAAAUUUGUAAAACGUGUGUGA